AUGGCAUCUGCAGGGGAGGACAAGCCACGCACGGUGAUUUUCCCCAUCGAUGGGAGCGAACACUGCGAACGGGCUUUUCAGUGGUAUGUGGAUAAUGCGAAGCGUCCAAACGACAAUGUGAAAUUUAUCAGCGUUAUUGAACCGGUUUACACAAGCCCAGCAUUCGGAAUGGCAAUGGAAACACCACCCUUACCGGAUGUCCAUCGCGUUAUGGAGGAAACUAUUCAAGAAGGAAAGAAAAUAUGCCAAGACAAGAUGAAGAAAGCGAAAUCGCUUAACCUCGAAUCUCAGGCAUUUUUACACGUUGACAGUCGUCCUGGUCCUGCAAUCGUAAAGGCAGUGCAAGAACACGGAGGGAAUUUAGUGGUUAUGGGGAAUCGAGGUAUCGGUGUUGUCCGUCGUACCUUUCUAGGCAGUGUCAGUGACUACGUACUACAUCACGCUCGUGUACCAGUUGUGAUUGUUCCACCACAUGGGGAAGCGACCAAA